UUAAAGGAUACAUUAAUGCUUCCGGUCAUGGGACAUAAUAAUUAAACAAAAGAGAGUUUAAAUGUGCAACAAACAAUAACCCAGAAUAACUGGGAUGAGCUAGACGUUCCGUUCCUCAAACAAUCUCAAUGGCUAUCAAGCUUAGCUUCCAACCAUGUAGUAGUCUUUCCUGUACGCACCUGUCGUUAUUCCUAUUUAGGAUCUACUGUUUGUUACUCCUUCUAAUUCAAAGUGCCAGUUCAGAUUGGCUGAUGGACUGUGGAAAUUGCCACUGCAAAUGGAACUCUGGCAAAAAGACGGCCGACUGUCGCAAUUUGAGCCUGAGUGGAGUACCGGAGUACCUCAGUCCGGAGGUUCAAGUGCUGGACCUAUCACACAACCACAUAUAUUACCUGGAGGAGAAUGCCUUCUCGACCACCCACUUGCAGAAUCUGCAGAAGCUUCUUAUACGCAACGGGACUCUGAAACGCAUCGACCAGCUCAGUUUCUCCCAGCUACAGAUCUUAAUUGAGCUUGACUUGUCCAACAAUCUGCUGCAAGAUCUGUUAGCUAGUGUCUUUGACUGCCUGUCGAAGGUGCGGGCAAUAUUACUGAACGGCAACCUGAUACAAACACUUCGUCAGGGGGUCUUUCGUAACCUCAAGUAUCUGCACAAGAUCGAACUGAAGCGCAACCGGCUGGUUAGUAUCGAUGCCCAGGCAUUUGUGGGAGUACCUCUUCUAUCGCAGAUCUAUCUGGACAACAAUGAGCUAACCAAACUGAGGGUGGAAAGCUUCCAGGGAUUGAAUAAACUAACAGCAUUAUCACUGGCCGAGAAUCCCUGGAAUUGCACCUGCGAUCUUCAGAUGUUCCGUGAUUUCGUCAUAGGCAUGAACCUAUAUACCCCACCUACAUCCUGCCAUUAUCCUUUGCAGUUGCGUGGUCGCCUGUGGAUCGAGGAUCAGCCAGAGGCCUUCGCCUGCAAGCCGAAAAUAGUGUAUCCCUCACUCGGUACUUCCAUUAACACUUCCAAGGAGAAUGUAACGCUUAUAUGCAGGGUUCAAGGAUCUCCAAAUACAGUCAUUGCCUGGGACUACAAUAAUCAAGUAUACGAAUCUCGGAAAGGCCUGCAAAAGCACCGAGUUUAUAUAGAAAUGUUGCGGGAAACCGAACCAAAGGUGCAAAAAUUUGGUCAUGACGUUUUCGUCUCUCGUCUUACCAUAGUAAAUGCCAAGAAGAGCGAUGAGGGUGUCUACACAUGUCUAGCGGAGAAUCCCGGAGGCAAGGAUUCGGUUCACAUAAGUGUGGUGGUACAAAAGGACUUGCAGCGAAUUCCACUGAUAGACACCAAUUUCCUUGCGAUAAUAUGCCUUAUAACCAUGGGUUUUCUCACUAUGUCGAUUCUAUUGUCCGUGGUGACCUGCUUGAUUUUCAAGCGCUUCAAACAGUUUCAUCCUAGUCAGCAUUCUUAUUUGCAAACCACCAGUUUUCCCGCACUCGAAAGCGAAGAUGUUGCCGGGAUCAGCGCCUUAAGUUCGGGAGUUAUUCAGGAAGGUGCGGCGAAUGGAGCAUCAUGUACAAAUUACACGUUAUUCAAUGGCAACGAGAAGUAUCCAGAGGAUUCACUAUCAAAGAGAAAACCUAAUGAAGUGAGGUUAAAUACCAAUAGUUAUUUUGGAUAUCUUGACAAUCAGACUGGCCCUAUAUCAUCACAGAACAAGGGGCUAUAUUCAGAAAGUACUGCCGUACAAAACAACGAAGAGCUCAAACAGAGAGACAAGCUCGACGAAAGUCCCCGACGUUUUGAUCCUAAGAGUUCGUCGCAUUCCAACAGCAACUCAAAAAAGAACGGACAACUCGAAGAACAUCAACCGGAUCUAUUGCCUUCCAAUGAACAACCCACUGCCUUUAAAAGCCAUGAAGAACCUUUGGGUCAACCUUCGAAAAAAGAAGGAAUUAAUCCCCGCAGCAAGUACAACAUCAAUGUGCAAAAGUACCUUAAGGAGAAGUACGGCAGUGUUCGGAAAAAUGAUAACAGCACUAAUAAGGACAUUAGUGCUGCGAAACCACCGUAAAAUACGACUCCACUCAAUUUUAGUCUGUCC